GUCUUAGCUUCUCAAACCAGAAAGUUUACAGAGAAUAGCCCGCGUUAGAGCGUUCAACGGCCUGCUGCCCAACUCGGGACCAACUCAGGCCUGCGCGGCAGCUCUCGAGUAAACGCACGCAGGGUUGACUUGUGGGCCCAAUGAUAGCAGGAGUGUUGCCGCCGCAUGGGCAGAACGCCCAUAGUGGGCGGCGGAGCGCCCUGCCGCAGCGCCUGCUGCUCGUCCUCUCGCUCCUGCUCGCGGCCCUCAGCCUCGCGAGCGCAACGAGCCGAGUCCGUGGGGGCGGCUCCGCUAGCACUGCUCUGGCCCAGCGCCGCAGUGCCGCCGAGGGGCCGCAGGAGCCCAUGCACGCGCGCGGCCGCCGGCGCAUGCAGACCGGCGGCUACUGGGUCCGCAACGGGGCCUGCCUGUCCAGCUCCUCCUGCUCCUCCAACGGCUGGUGCGAGUCGGCCUCCACGUGGACCUCCACCGGGGGCUGCGGCUCCAGCAAGACCGUGUCCACGCGCGUGUCCGCCUCAAGCAGCUGCCGCAACACAGGCUGCUGGCCGGGCGGCUGCAACUCGGACGAGGUUGAAGUGUCCUCAACCCGGUGCUGGUGGGGACCCUACGACGAGCGCUGCUGCAAGAAGGUGACCACCAGCACCUGCCGCGACUGGCUGGGCUGCUCCUGGGUCUCAUACCCCAGCCCGCCGCCGCGGUCCAGCGGCGGCUCAUCAGGCACGGUGGCCGUGUUUGCAUCGGGCGGGGCGUGGGACGCCUACGCCUCCAGUCACAAGCCUGUGAACGGAUACAUUGCAGCCAUCCUGGCCAACCACGCAUACGUGGACGGUGUCGGCGCAAGCCGUACGAAUUUGUACGAUUGGAUGUCCAAGUCAUGGCCGAAAGUGGGAAGCCCACUGGGUGCUUCCAGAGCCACUUACGCGAUUGGUGGUCAAGGAAUGGCAUGGGUGAUGUACGAGACCCGUGACACCAUUUUUGUGGCGAUUCGAGGCACGGAGCCUUCGGACGCCAAUGACGUUGCCAACGAUCUGGACGUUGGCUGGGCCAAUCGUACGGAGCGUACACGGCGACUGAAAGGAUGGUACACAAUCUUCACUGCCAACGUUGCCUCUUUCCGGCAAGAGUAUGACAAAUUCGUCGCUGGCGGCUCCGGUUCCGGCAAAAAGCUGUGGUUCACAGGCCACAGCCUCGGCGGCGUCAUGGCGACCCUGUUUGCCGCUUACAUGCAGAAGAACGGCUAUUCGGUCCAAGGCGUGUACACAUUCGGCAGCCCCAUUGUGGGGGACGAGGACUGGAAAGCAGCGUAUCCUUUGGGCUCCCGCACCUAUCGAUAUGAUGUGGACAAGGAUCUGGUCACAGUGUGGCCUCCUCGACUGUCACGUUCAGCUCCAUAUACAUGGCUGUGUAUGAUUACGCAGAUCACGUAGGCAUUGCACAGGAGCUCACCAAGUGCUCCGCUGCCAACCGCCGCCGCCAGCUGCAAGCCAUCCCAAGCACCACCACCAAUGGCACCAACAGCAGCAGCAGCAGCAACAGCAGCAGCAGCAAUAGCAGCAGCAGCAGCAACAGCAGCAUCGCCACCACCAAUGAUGCGGAGAAGUGCGGCGAAGCAGCCACCGUCACAGCAAAUGGCACUGUGACAUCAGAGCACUUCAACUGCAACUCAACUGCAAGCCCAUCCACCAGCGUGCCCGCCCCAGCAAAGACCACCGCAUCGCCUCCAUCGCCCCUCGACACCAGCGGCGGUGGCAGCGGACUUCUUGCAGAGCUUGGCGCCCUGGAUACGUUGGAGAGUGGGGAUGACAACGGCACGGCUCUACAGUCUCCGCCGCCUCAGGGCAAGGCCAGAAAUGCUACAACCAGCAGCGGUUCUGACGGCACAGCCGCGCGUUUCUCAUUGUAUCUCACCAACCCGCUGUACACGCUCGGUGCUAUUGCCACGAACACGCUGGGCGCUCACUCCAUGUCAGAUAGCUACAUGAAGAUUGUUUACUACUGCACCCUGUCAAGCUCAGAGCGUGCACGCGUGCCGUCGUGGAGCUGGGCCAAACGCCCCUAGGGGGGGCAAAGCAUUGAGCAUAUAGUUCAAACUGGUAGUGUAUGAGUGGUUGCAUGAUUUUGGAACAUGGCUGCAAGCACAAAAAGACUUACAUGGUACGGCGCAGAAUAUGAGAAGUGUGCAUGGUUGAACAAGAUUUUAUUAUUGUAUGGUUGGCUACUCGCGCAUGCAUGAAGUACGUAGGUGCGAGUGUGGGACGAGAUUGCCUCUCAGAGAUUGCCACGCACCACUUGUAAGUCCUGGGCCACCUCAGCAUAUACUGAGCGCAUCAAAUCUUCGCAUCGCAAGACCGCGCCCAGCCACAACGGCAGCUGUUCACAAGAGGCCUCAGUAAGCCACUCACUCCAUCCACUGCCAGCAGGCGUUCUCUCGCAGCAUCUGCCGUGCCAUCCACCUGCUACUGCAUCCGCAACAACCGUGUCCGCCACAUGCCACGCCGCCGUCACCGCUGUGCCACGUCCGUGCCAUGACGGUAGGACGGCCUGCUCCUUCUGCAUUGCAUGCACAUCCCCAACAGCCACGUGCCGGUUAUGCACCACACACACAGCCCCCAAGCUCACCAAAACAGAACAACCGCACUACCUGCCCAACUUCAUAUCACG